AUGACGGAUGAUUUGGAAAAGCUAAAAUCUGAGCGAGAUAGAAACUGGAAUCCAAGUAAUACAAAUGAAUAUGAUCGAUUAAAUGACAAAGUCAAGGAAGAAAAAAAAAGAUUAGAGAUAAAAAAAGAGGAGAAGAAUAGAAAUGAUCCUCCAUGGAAAGCCUCGAGUUCUAUUCAGGAUAGGACUAAAGAUUAUGAUACUCCAAGAAGGAAAGAAGUUUCGAGUCCUGAUUCCGCAACCACCCAGAAGGGGUUAAUAUGGGGUAUUCGCAUGGAGGAUAUUCACAUG